AUGAAGGGUACGCCAGAUAUGCCCAUGUGCGGGUUCUCCCGUGCCGUCAUCCAAGUCAUGCAAGUUCAAGGCGUGAAACCCGACCUGCUCAAAACUUUCAACUGCCUCGAAGACCAGGAGCUGAGGGAAGGCAUCAAGGAGUACUCGGACUGGCCCACCAUUCCGCAGGUGUAUGUCGAUGGCGAGUUUGUCGGCGGUUGCGAUAUCGUCAUCAACAUGCAUCAGAGUGGAGAGCUGGAGGAGUUGUUGGAGAAGAACGGCUUGUUGUUGCCGUUGAAGGAACAAGGUCAGAAGUAG